AUGAUCGUCAACCGCGGCGAGCUCGGCGUCGUGAACCGAGGCGUCAUGCGCGCGGAGGACGCCGAGCGCUUGAACUGGUACCUGCGCGCGAUCCUCACCGCGAACGUGUACGACGUCGCCGUGGAGUCCCCGCUCGACUUCGCGCCGCGUCUCAGCGCGCGCGUCGGGGCGAACAUCCACCUGAAGCGCGAAGACCUCCAGCCCGUGUUCUCGUUCAAACUUCGCGGCGCGUACAACCGCAUGGCGGCCAUCUCCCCGGAGGCGCGAAAGAACGGCGUCAUCUGCUCCUCGGCGGGGAACCACGCGCAGGGCGUCGCGCUCGCGGCGAAGGAGCUCGGCUGCGACGCGGUCAUCGCGAUGCCGGUGACGACGCCUGCGAUCAAGGUGGACGCCGUGCGCAGGCUCGGCGCCACGGUCGAGCUCGUGGGUGAAAAUUACGACGCCACGCAGGCGUACGCGAAGAAACGCGCCGAGGAGGACGGGCGGACCUUCGUCCCGCCGUUCGACGAUCCGCUCGUCGUCGCGGGGCAGGGGACGGUCGGGUUGGAGAUCGUGCGGCAGCUUCCGAAGCUGGAGAUCGUGUUCGUGCCCGUCGGCGGCGGCGGGCUCAUCGCCGGGAUCGCCGCGUACGUCAAGAGCAUCCGCCCGGACGUGAAGGUGAUCGGCGUCGAGCCGGAGGGCGCCAACGCGAUGCUGCAGUCGCUGAGACACGGCGAGAUCUGCCGGCUCAGGAGAGUGGACGGGUUCGCGGACGGCGUCGCGGUGAGGCAGGUCGGGGACGUGUGCUUCGACCUGUGCCGGCAGCUCGUGGACGGGGUGAUGACCGUGAAGACGGACGAGAUCUGCGCGGCGAUCAAGGACGUGUUCGAAGAGACGCGGUCCAUCUUGGAGCCCGCGGGCGCCGUCGCCGUCGCCGGCGCGAAGGCGUACUGCGAAUUGAACGGGAUCACCGGCGACGUCGUCGCGAUCACGUCGGGGGCGAACAUGAACUUCGACCGCCUGCGCGUGGUCUCGCAGCUCGCGGACGGAGGUUUAAAGCAAGAGGCGACGCUGAUGUCGAUCAUCCCGGAGACGAACGGGUCGUUCAAAAAGUUUGUGGAGGUGGUCGGCGAGGACGUCAACUUCACGGAGUUCAAGUACAGGGCGGUUCAGGACGAGACGCUCGAGGCGGUCGUGCUGUACUCCGUGCAGAUCGAGUCCGAAGCGCAGCUCGAGACGCUGCACGAGAGCCUGAGCGAGGCGGGGAUUUUCACGGAGAACGUCACCGAAGACGAGACGACGCAGAUUCACCUGAGGCACAUGAUCGGCGGCGCCACGGGGGUGCUGCAGGAGAGGCUGUACGAGGUCGAGAUCCCGGAGAGGGCGGGGGCGUUGGACACGUUCUUGGACUACGUCUCGCCCAAGUACCAGAUCACGAUGACGCACUACAGGAGCGACGGCGGCAGGGAAGGGAAGGUGCUGUUCGGGAUGAUCGUGCCCCCGGCGGAGCGCGAGGAGUUUGACCGAGUCCUCAAAGACACCGGGUACGUCGUGGAGGACCUGACGUCGAACAAGGCGUUUAACAUGCUGUACGGGUGCACGAGGAAGGGCGCGUGCGACGAAAAAUUCGAGCAGACCGCGAAUUGAUUCUUUUAGUCGUUGUAUUCGAUCGACUCGUCGUUCGU